AUGGCGCAAGAACCAAUCUAUCUCAACCAUCAACACCACCAAGCUUCUUCUUCCUCAGUCGCCGCUGCAUCUUUCCUCGGCGAAAAUGUUCGAAACGAGAUGGUUUUCCUUCCACCAACCACCGGAGCAGAGGGUCUUCAGAAUUUCAACGGAGACGUUACAGCAAACGGUACCGUUUCGAGCAGCGGUCUAAGCUUUCACGACGGUCAAGGACUGUCUCUAAGCCUCGGCAAUCAAAUCUCUCUCCCUUCGUUUCACCACCAGCGAUAUCAAAUGGGUUUCACCCCAAAUCCUUCAAUCUCUGUUAAGGAAACGUCACCGUUUAACGUGGAGGAGAAGAACAAAGAGAUGUUGUUAGGACUCUACAACAGUUAUCGGGUUAAUGAAACGUCCAGAGCGUUUAUGAGCAGCGUUUUGCGUUCUAGGUAUCUUAAACCGGCUCAGAGUUUGCUUGAUGAAGUGGUUAGUGUCAAGAAAGAGCUAAACCAGAUGAGUAAGAAGAAGAAGAAAGGUGAAGACUUUAACAAUGUUUCCAAGGAUACACAAGUAGGAGGCAGUGGUGGUGGUAGCGAGUUGUCUACAAGUGAACGUCAAGAGCUACAGAACAAGAAGAGCAAGCUGUUAACAAUGGUUGAUGAGGUAGAUCAAAGAUACAACCAAUAUUACCAUCAAAUGGAAGCAUUAGCUUCAUCAUUUGAGAUAGUAGCAAGAUAUGGAUCAGCUAAGACUUACACAUCAGUAGCUCUAAACAAAAUCUCUUGCAAUUUUCGCUCUCUCCGCGACACGAUAAAGGAACAGAUUCAGAUUAUUAAGGAGAAACUUGGGGAGAAAGGAGGAGAGUCAUUGGAUGAGCAGCAACAAGGAGGAGAGAGGAUACCGAGAUUGAGGUAUUUAGAUCAACGGUUGAGACAGCAGAGAGAUUUUCAUCAGCAGCUUGGAAUGGUUAGACCAUCUUGGAGACCUCAGAGAGGUCUCCCUGAGAAUUGUGUCUCUGCUCUUCGCGCUUGGCUCUUUGAACAUUUCCUUCAUCCAUAUCCGAAAGAAUAUGAGAAAAUGAUGCUUGCAAAACAGACAGGACUGUCUAAAAGCCAGGUUGCUAAUUGGUUUAUAAACGCGAGAGUUCGUCUAUGGAAACCGAUGGUUGAAGAUAUUUAUAAAGAAGAGUUUGGUUACAAAUCUGAGUUACAAAUCUCCAAGUCUUCUCAAGAACUUAACAGCACCAACCAAGAAGACUCCUCGUCACAGCAGCAACCGGGAGAUAACAACAAUAACCUCACUUAUCCAUCUGCAGACACAACAAACGUUCAUGACGAGUCACAACAAGAACAAGAGAUGAACAAUUCAGGGGAUUACGUGACGCUAAUGAACUAUCACAGGUUUGGUGUGGAGGAGGAUUACCGUUACAUUGGCGGGAACAACCAGGAAGAAAGCAGAUUCUCCAAUGGCCAUCACUUGCACGACUUUGUUGUUUGAUACUACUCUCGUUCUUGGAACAGGAGGACAUGAUUCUUGAAGCGCAAGAAAUAUACUUUUUUGCAUUUUUAUAGCUAGGCAGAUUUACACACUCAUAUCUCUGGCGUAGAUGUUUAGGUUGCUUUUGUGUAUAGUACAACGCCAAAUAUUGAUAUGUGUGUAUAAUUAAGAUUCAUGGUGGGAAUCAAGAAUACUUACAAAAGUAUGAACACCGUUUUCAGUUAACAUGUUGGAAGAUUGUGUGUUAACAAAACCUAUUAUAUAAUGUUUGAAGUAUAUGUGAAGGAAAAAUAAUAUUUUUCUGAAAUUGAAAGUAUGUUCC